AUUCCAUAUUAUCGUGGUAAGUGAUUUAUUAGUUCCCAAAAUAUUUUUAUAAUGUAAACAUUUGCCAAAUUUUUUGGUUCAAUUCCUAGGAAUGUCACUAAAGUAGAUAUUUAGUGAUUACUUUUAUUUUUUAGGGACCAUUUUAUAUCACUGUGCAGAUUUAACAUAAUUUUACAAUGUGUACUCGAGAAUGUGUGACAAUACAAACAAUUACAAUAUUGUCACUUGAUAUAUACAGUUUAAUCAGGCUGAUUGAUUAUUGAUGAAACUCUCUGUUUUGUUUCUAUAGGUUUGCUCUACAGAAUCUUGAAUUGGACUAGCCGGAUCUAUUACUCGGGCAUUCAAUUCACAAUCAAUUUGGUUAUUUAUAUAUUGCUGAGGAUGGUUGAUUUCUCUCCAAUUUAAAAAAAUCACAAAAAUAAAAAAACUCCGUAAAAAUGAGGCAAUUUUCUAUUUUCUGAAAAUUUCUGGAAUACAUAAUGAAGCAAGUAUUUAACCGCCACAAUUGUCAAAUUUCACCACCUUUGAAAAUUUCCCUCCCAUUCAUCUCUGUAAUGCGUGUUCCUUCCAAAGCAAACCUCUUUCUCUCUCUCCUCUUUCCCCCAAUUUCCGCCAUUUCUAGGGUUUCUUUCACCUUCAAUUACAAACCCCUUUUCACAAAAUCAAAUACUCAGAAAGUAAAUUAAUCAAAUUACAAGAUGCCAAUCGAAAUGCCAAGAGGAUUACCUUUUUCUGUAGAUACAUGGACCCCUUCUUCCAAAUUUAAACGCCACCAUUUUCUCACUCAUGCUCAUAAAGAUCAUUGUUCUGGGAUUACCUCUCAUUCUUCUUCCCCAAUUUACUCUACUCGUCUCACUAAAUCUCUAAUUCUUUGCUACUAUCCUCAGGUUGAUGAAUCGUUGUUUGUGAAAAUUGAAGUGGGACAAUCCCUAAUUGUUGAUGACAUUGAUGGGUCUUUCACUGUUACUGCUUUUGAUGCUAAUCACUGCCCUGGGGCUGUGAUGUUUUUGUUUGAAGGCAAUUUUGGAAAUAUUCUUCAUACUGGUGACUGCAGACUCACUCCUGAUUGUCUGCAGAACUUGCCAGAGAAGUAUAUCGCCGGAAAAGGGAAGAAGCACAGUUGUCAGCUUGAUUUUGUUUUCCUUGACUGUACAUUUGGCAAAAGUCUUAUGUACAUCCCAAGCAGACAAUCUGCCCUUCAGCAGGUUAUUAAUUGUAUAUGGAAACAUCCUGAUGCCCCAACAGUAUACCUCACCUGUAACGUUCUUGGCCAAGAAGAGGUACUUGAUCAAGUUGUUCAAACGUUUGGGUCCAAGAUAUAUGUCAAUAAAGCCAAGCACCCAGACUUUUACCAAGCUUUGGAACUUAUAGCUCCGCAAAUCCUUUCUGUGGAUCCUACUUCCCGUUUCCUUUUGUUUGAAGGUUUUCCAAAACUGUACGAGAAGGCAAAGAAGAAAAUAUUGGAGGCUCGUGAAAAUAUGCAGCCCGAGCCUCUCAUAAUACGACCUUCAGCACAAUGGUAUGCAAUGGAAGAAACUGAACUUACAGUUACAGAAAGGAAAAUUGUAGAAAGAUCAAACCUUCCAGUGAAGGAUCAGUUUGGUGUCUGGCAUAUUUGCUACUCUAUGCACUCCUCCAGACAAGAAUUGGAGUGGGCUUUGGAACUUCUUUCUCCUAAAAAUGUAGUUUCGACAACUCCUGAGUGCCGAGCUUUGGAGCUGGAUUAUGUUAAAAAGCACUGCUUUAGCUCUCGAGCUUCUGAUGAUCGUUUUUGGAAGGUUCUAGGCAUGAACAUGGAAGCUUCGCUGAAGGUGUCAGAUGUGUUGGUAGAAAGUAGUGGAUCCGCUUCUGCUGUGGUGAAAACUUAUGCAGCUUCUGAAGAACUUGAGCUGCAAUUGCCAAAGGCAUUGAAUAACCAGGACUCUCUCUUAAAUUUGCCUCCUCUGAACAAGAAGCCUCCAAUAACCUUAUUUGGACGAGCAAGACUUGGUUAUCAUUCUUGCAUCUUGGCUGAAGAAAUGAAAACUACGUCUGUAGAAGAGAGGAAGCAAACCCCCUUAUCAGAUAGUGAAUGUGAGGGUUCACUCUCAUCCCCUCUUCUUGCCAAAAAUAUCCCUGACUGUCCCUUAUUCGACUAUGAAAAGCUCCCCAGCGAUGCUUGUAGCAUUACUAGUGUAGUACAUGUUAGCAAACAUGAACAAGUGGAACAUAAUCUACUAUAUUCUGACGACAAGGAGAAUAUAGUUGAGAAGCCUAAUGAGAACACUGUAGAGGUGGUAGAUGCUGCCUGUGUAGAAAAUAGUAAAUACGAAGAGGUGGAACAUAAUUUACUAUAUACAGAUGACAAGGAAAAUACAGUUGAGAAGCCUAAUGAGAACAGAGAAGUAAUAGAUCCUGAUACUAAAUCUGAUAUGAAUAGAAGGGAUGCAAAACUUUGUAAAUCUGCUUCUUAUUCUUAUGUUCGAUCAUCAACAGGGUUCAGUGACAAUUUCCGGAAGCUUUAUAGGUCUAUGAAUGUACCAGUGCCUCAACCUCUUCCUUCUUUGGUUGAGCUUAUGAACUCUUGCAAACGUCCCAAAAGACAAGUUGAGAUUAGCUAAUAUUCCAUCAGUGGAGGAUUUUUGCUUCAUUAUGACAUUAUUACUGUUAUGCUUCUGUUCAAGACUUCAAGUACUUGAUGGAUUUGCGAAGAACAGAAAGGGAUGAGCCGGAUGACCAAUUCAGAAAAGGUGCAGAUUACAUAUUAAUGUGUCAUCUCACCAAGGUUGCUUGGUCUAGUGAUUGGAUCCCUACAUUGGGAGUUUGAAGUCUUAAGUUUGACCCUACCACCAGGACGGGUUCAUGGGCUGGGGAUUUCCUUUAUCCAUCCUCCCCAUUCUUGAGGGCUCCGUAUGCAAAUCUGAGUGAGUUGAUUUGUGAGAGUUCUUGUCCAGUAGGUUCCAUAUUUAAAAAAAAGGGGGGGGGG